AAUCCACCAAAAGAUAAAUCGACACCGUCCAUGGUAAAGAUAGACCGAUGAGAUGAACGGUUGACAAUGAAUGAGGUGCGACCUGCGCCGCCGCAGUGGCUACCGGCUAUUGAAUUAUCGUAGCUCAGAUUCCAGAUUCUGCUGCAGCCAUGUUUUUGGCCUCGUAAUCGCUUCCGAUCAAAUUUCAGAAGCUUGCUUAGCCAUCAGAUUCCAUGGGAGACAUGGUGGACUAUUCUAAUUCUAACAUGACCAGGAACCCCAAACAAGGCAGUGUUGCAACUGGGAAAAAAUCAUAUAGAAAAUCACUGAUUUUGUCUCGCCCUAAAUCUGUUGUGCUGAGAUAUCAUCAGCACCUUGUUUCACUGAUUGAUGGUGACUUUGGAACCAGUGCCGUCGGCCGCAUCACAGUUUUUGCGCUUAAAGUUGCUGCUUUAGAGAUUGUAAGGAGGUUCUCCAAAAGCAAAUGUCCAUUUGUAUGGAAAGGCCUUCAGGCACUCCAGAUACUCUGUUAUCCGCCUUUCCAAUGGAUUCAGAGAUGGGCACCCUUUAAAGGUUUAGUGGAAAGUAUGCAGGUCCUAUCAAGACCACUACUAGCCCUUUCAAUUGCAACAAUUUUCUCUGACCAAUCAGAAUUAAGUGAUGGAAAGUCAGAUUGUGUUACUGAUUCACAUAGUGAUUUAGUAAAAUCCUCAGAAUUAUCUCCUGUGCAGGCUGAUAUGAAUACAAGUCAGUGCUCGACAGAUUCCAAAAUUUUAGAAUCUGAAUAUUGGUUGUCUCAACUCUUUCAAGAGCUUGAAAGUCAAGGGAUUUGUUUGCCAGAAAGAAUCAAUAAUGAUGAGCUCCGAAGAUUUUAUGCAGCUUCUAAUAAUGACUUUUCAUGCUUCCUUACCUCAAUCAAAAAGACCGUACGUUGGCGAGAGGCUUACAGAAUUCUUACUGAAGAAGAGCUGGAAAAGUGGUCAAAAGUUGUGUUUUGGCAUGGAUAUGAUGUGAUGCACAGACCUUGCCUCAUUGUAAAGCUUGGGCUAGCUUGCAGUACACUGGCAUCUGAAGAUAGACCUCGAUUUGCUCAGGCAGUGGUAUCACAUGUAGAACAUGGAAUCGUGCAGUUGGUUGAUGCAGACAAUCCCCAAAUUACUGUCUUGGUGGACUGUGAAGGGUUAUCUCCAUUGAAAAUUCCCAUGCAAAUGAUGAAAUCUUGUUGUUCGCUGCUGCAAGAGCACUUCCCAAAUCGUCUUGGUUGUUUGUUUGUCAUACGACUCCCAGAAGUUCUUAAUUUUACUGCCCAGAGCUUUAUCCAGAGUUUGGAGCCUACAACUCGGAAAAAGUUGAAAAUGGAAGGGAAGAUGUAUCAUAAGGUUCUUACUGAUAAUCUUCCAGCACUGCCAUCAUAUCUCGGAGGCUGCUGCACUUGCUCAGAAUGCUCUGAAAUUGGCAAUGGUAGAAUGCUGCAACCUCAUACAGCAGGGACCAGCAGGGGAGAUAAUGUGGGAGGUAUUAGUGAUAGUGACAAUGAGGAUUCAACAUCAUUGCAUUUGCAUCGUUCCAAUGAAUCCGAAGAUCAUUCGUUUGGUAACUAUGAGCAGUUGUUGAGAACCAUUCUCAUAGGUUUUCUCAUAUUUUGGGUUUUCAUAUCUCUUGGAUUUGUUAUGUAUGAUGCCGGUAGUCACCAUUUCCUCUCAUCAUAAUGCAAAGAGUGCUGGCCAAAUCAGUUUCCUUUUGCUGGUUGUGUAAAUCUUCUUAGUGUGUGGCAUUGUCCAAACAGUUAACGAUGUAUAGUUAUCGGUUGCAAUAUAGAUAUGGAAUUACUUAGCAAUUAUCAAAGAUUCCUUAAGUCAGGGAAAAAAAAAAUGCUUCUUCAGUUAUUGUAUUCUGUAGUCCUCUAUAUUUAUGUUAGCAAUAAGAAAACGAUUUAGAAAAACUCGGUUGAGAUUUGGU